CAUCGUCGCUCUUAGGGAUCUUGGUCCACUCAGUCACCUGCGCGAACUAAGGGUUGACGAUAACCAUCUAACGACGCUUGCCGGUCUCGCGGGCCUACGAUACCUAACAGUUCUAAGCGCCAGGAAAAAUAACAUAGCACAGUUGGGGGAGGAGGUGACGGAGCUGACAAGCCUCCGUAUUUUGGACUUGGCAUCAAACCGGUUGGAUGCAGGCGUUUGGGUAAACCUUCUGGGACAAUUGCCUCAGCUGACGGACUUGGAUGUACGCGGGAACCCGGUAUGUGAGCUAGCCGGCAGCCAGCAGCUGCUGGCGGCGGCGCUGCCCCGCCUAACACGCCUGAACGGUGUUGAGCUGCGGCCGGCCGCACCAGCAGCCCAGCCGCAGGAUGAGGUCGAGGACCAUGAUACCCCAGGCCUGCUGUGGGCAGGCGGGGAGGAGGCCCAUGCACCACCACAACAGCAGCCCCCUGAGCGCAACGCAGGAGGUACACCCUACUACAGCUCCCAAAGCUGGCAGCAGCACGAGCAGGCGCACGCCGCACCUCCCUCGCUGCAGCAGCCUCCGGCCUCCUGGUCCCAAGCGGCUCAGCAGCCCUCUUGGCAGCCGUCGCAUGCGGCCCUCGCGUCUGCAAACACCAUGCCGCUGUCGCCACCCCAACCCAAGCCAGGGGGGCAACAGGGGCUGCAACUGGAGCAGCCGGAGUACGACUACCAUCUCCACCAGCAGCAGCAGCACCUCUACCCGCCUCAACAGCAACAACAGCAGCAACAGCCACAGUACCAGUUGCCUCUUGAUGGCCCAGUUCCCGAGGCUGCUGCCCAGGCUGCUACACAGGCGCACCCCGGCAGCAGCCACCUGCUGCUGUUGCAGCAGCAGGCUGGGAAGCGCGAGGAGGUGCUGCUGGCGGAGCGGGGCCGGCUGGCGGCGCAGGUGCUGCAGCUGCAGGAGCAACUGCGCAGAGCGGAGGACUCUGCCGCCCAGCUGCAGCAGCAGCUCCAGCAGCAGCACGCGGCGGUGAGCAGUCUGGGGGCGCAGCUGGCCGCGGUGGGGGCGGAGCGCGACGCCGCAGUGCGUCAUGCGGAGUUGCUGGCCGCGCAGCUGGGGAGCGCCAGCGGGCGGGCUGAGGAGGCUGCGGCGGUUGCGGAGGCGCUGCGGCUGCAGCUGGGGACGCAGCAGGAGCGGGAGGUGCAGCUGCUGCGGGAGCUGGCGGCGACUCAGGAGCUGCUGCUGCAGGCGCAAGAGCAGGCAGCCGCGAGCAGCGCUGUAGAUGUGUCAGGUUCCGCGCAGGCUGGUGGUUCCCCGCAAGGUGAUGCUGGGCUGCGGAGCCCGCCCGCUGCUGGCGGGUUGGGCCGGACGGACGUUGAGGCUCCGGUGGUGGAGGCGCUGCAGCAGCGGGUGGCGGCACUGCAGCAGGUGGUGCGUAUACAGGAGCGGGAGCUGCUGAGGCUAGGCGGCCUUGACGACCCCGCAGCGGCACCCCACCACUCAGCGCCGCCCACCACAGGCGACAACAACAACAGCAGCAGUCACGACAACGUGCUGCAGCCCUGGCGCGAGCAGGUGCAGGCGCUGCAGGAGCAGCUGGGGCGGCUGGCGGCGGAGGGCGCGGAGCAGCGGGCGGAGUGGGGGCAGCAGCUGGGUGACAUGCGCGAGCAGUUCACACAGGCGCGCACGUUGCUGGAGGUGCUGGAGCAGCGGUGCAAGGAGCAGCGGUGCGAGAACGCGCAGCUGCAGGCCCGCAGCGCGCAGCUGGGCUCCGAGCUGCAGGCGGAGCGGCAGCGGGCAGCCGGGCUGGAGCAGCAGCUGGCGGCACGGGACGCAGCGGCGCAGGCGGUCCGGCGCCAGCUGCUGUCCUUCAAGACGCACGUGGAGCAGCAGGCGACCGGGCUGGAGGCUCGCGCGGCUCAACUGAGCAGCCACGCCACACGCCUGAGCUUCGCCUGCAGCCGGCUCACCUUUGUGCUGCGGCUGGCUGCCCUGCGCGGCGGGGAGCGGCGCGGCGCGGGCAGCACCGCGGGAGCCGCGGUCCCGUGGCAGCAGCAGCAGCAGCUGCAUGCGCGCAGUCCUGCCAAACAUGUGGC